AUUCUUUCAUGUCGGAGCACACGGACUUGCGACACAUCAUGGGCGUAGGCAUUGCCAUUACUCGAGGUUCGGCAGCGUCCUUGUCGUUUGGCUACUCGAUGCUGUUGUUGACGAUGAGCAGGAAUCUGUUGACGAAGUUGAAGGAAUUUUCCAUACACCAGUUCAUCCCUGUCGAUUCACACAUCCAGUUCCACAAGAUUGUCGCUUGCACGGCACUCUUCUUCAGCAUUGUCCACACUGUGGGUCAUAUAGUGAACUUUUACCACGUUACCACACAACCCGUUGAACACCUGCGAUGCUUGACGAGUGAAAUGAAUUUCCCGUCUGACAAGAAACCUGGGAUCGAUUUCUGGCUCUUCCAGACUUUGACU